AUGUCUUUAGAUCAUCAACCUCGCAACAUUGUCAUCAUCGGUAGUCUUUCCUCGCCCUCGGUAUCCUACAAUCCUCAAAGAGAUCAAAUUACAAUUCUCGAAGCAUCAAGCAUCGCAGCCGCUGCAUCAGGCAAAGCCGGGGGUCUCAUAGCGCUGUGGGCAUACCCCAGUUGCCUCGUCCCUCUCAGCUUCCAGCUCCACGCCGACCUCGCGGCCCACCACGGCGGAGAGGAGAAAUGGGGCUAUCGGCGGAUCCACAGCGCUAGACUCGGCGCCCGGGGCCGGACGCGCUCCGGGUUAGCUUCGGCCUCGGAUGCCGGCGCCAGAGGAAAUAUGGUCAUCCCGACGGUACCAGCGGACUUGGACUGGCUGCACGUUGAGAAUGUGCAUAGCUAUCGGUCCACGGGCACGCCGGAGAACACAGCGCAGGUGAUCCCAUAUGAGUUCACCACGGCCAUGGCAGAGUUGGCGAUUGAGAAAGGCGCCAAUGUUGUCUUGGGCCGGGCGACGAGCAUCGAUACUGUCAGCGGAGCUGCCAAGUCAGUGACUUAUGUUCCAAAAGGCGACAGCGCAAGCGUCACUGUCCCAGCGACAGACGUCGUCCUUUGCGCUGGGCCGUGGACUCGAAGUCUCCUCCCAGAGGCGCCAAUUGUCGGCCUUCGCCAACACUCAGUCAUAAUGCGCCCUACGCGACCGCGCCCGCUAUCAGGCUACAUGCUCUUCACGGAAAUAUCCCUCGCGACAUCUGGUGUCCGUCGCGCGAAGCAUGUCACAGCCGAGAUAUUCACCCGACCCAACAACACAGUCUGGGCAGCAGGCGAUACCGAUGACAUAUCGUCUUUCAACAUCCCAGAGACGGCUGAGGAGGUGCUACCAGAUGGAGAAACGUGCGAUAAUAUUCUCUCACAUGUAGGCGCCAUUUCUGAUGAGCUGUGGACCAGUGAGGUGUUGUCGCGACAGGCUUGCUACUUACCCAAUGUCGAAGGCGAUGUUCCAGGUCCCAUUUUGGGCAGCACAUCAGUCAAAAGACUAUGGAUCGCGUCAGGGCAUAGUUGCUGGGGAAUACAGAAUGGCCCGGGUACUGGGAAGAUCAUGGCUGAGUUUGUGUACGAUGGUAAAGCCAUGAGUGCCGACGUGAACGAGUUGGACAUCAAACACCUCGAUGGAGGCGCGCAGGAUUGA